AUGAUCGAGCGUUUCCACAGACAGUUCAAAGCCGCCAUCAUGUGCCACCUGGACUCAACCUGGCCUGAAGCCAUCCCAGCCGUCACCCUAGUUCUUCGCGCCGCCUUCAAGCCCGACAUUCAGGCUACACCCGCAGAGCUCGUCUACGGGGAAUCCCUCCAUCUCCCAAGCGAAUUUCUCGCUGCACCGCCAUCCACCACCGCGACGUCAGAUCCCACCGAUGUCAUCGCCCGGUUUCGACGCACCAUAGCUGCCCUCCGCCCGUCACCUGCAGCUCACCACUGUAAGACCGCCUGCUUCGUCUUAAAGGAUCUGGCAACGUGCUCGCACACUUUUCUCCGGGACGACACCGUCCGCCGGCCUUUACAGCCACUUUACAGCGGACCCUACCCAAUUCUCCGUCGCGACGACAAAACCUUCACCCUGCGCAUUAACGGGAACGCCGUCCGCUUCUCUGUCGACCGGCUGAAUCCGGCCUACACCGAUUCCGCCGAACCAGGAAAUACCAGCGCACCAGCAGACGUCCAUCCAUGA